AACUGCGGCUGCAAGCCAAAACCUACUGCCGUGGCACAUCAGCCUCCGUUACAGCUCCCGCCUCGCCUCCUUGGGUCCUAUACUCCUAUGACUCUGAAGUCUGAACCCCCAAUUUCCAGGAAGGAUUCACGGACACCAAAUCACAUUGAGCCCCUCGCUGGGAUCGCUCUUUCACUUCAGUAAAAUCCAUUUCGUUCACUCUCCUCUCUUCAAAAGGGAGGCUUCAAAAAGGGGAACCUAUUCGCGUCCAUAUGCUUUAUCAGAAAACCGUCAUUCCUUCAUUCAUUCAUUCAUUUUGUGUUUGGUGUCGCUGCGAUACGGAUGUCAUUGAUUGUUUUUCAUGUUUAUGGUUCUGAUUUGUUCUGUUCGUUACAUGGGUCGUUGAGAUUUUUUUCACUCUAGUAGUUGAAAUCUUGAUUUUAAGAGAAGGGUAUGCUAGAAUUUGAGAGAACUAUCAGAACAUGCUUUCUCUGCGUCCAACUCGCAGAUUUUGCGCCGCCGCUGAAAUUGCUGUCGCCUCAUUUGCUUCUUCUGAUAAUACUAAUCCUACCUCUUGUACAAGUAGUACUAGUGCUGCUCCUAAUGGUGUACCAGGCCGAGUUACAAAAUCUAAGCCUUUAGAGGAACCUGCUCUUAUUAAGCUCAAGGCUGAAAGGGACCCUGAGAAGCUAUUUAAUCUGUUCAAGGCUAAUGCCCACAAUCGGCUUGUCAUUGAGAACCGCUUUGCAUUUGAGGAUACAGUCUCUCGGCUGGCAGGGGCUCAUCGGUUUGAUUACAUUGAGCACUUACUUGAGCACCAGAAGUCUCUUCCCCAGGGUCGGCGUGAAGGUUUUAUUGUUCGUAUUAUCAUGUUAUAUGGGAAGUCUGGGAUGACUAAGCAUGCCCUUGAUACUUUUUAUGAUAUGCAUUUAUUUGGGUGCCGUCGGACUGUUAAGUCAUUUAAUGCUGCACUAACAGUUUUAGCACAAGCCCGUGAUCUGGGAGCGAUAGAAGCAUUUCUUAGAGAGGUUCCAUGGAAGUAUGGGGUUGAAUUGGAUAUAUUUUCUGUUAAUAUUGUAAUCAAGGCUUUUUGCGGAAUGGGUAUAUUGGAUAAGGCUUAUUUGGUCAUGGUAGAGAUGGAGACACUGGGAGUAGAACCUGAUGUAAUUACGUAUACAACACUCAUAUCAGCAUUUUAUAAGAAAAACCGUUGCGAGAUUGGAAAUGGAUUGUGGAAUCUUAUGUUGCUGAAGGGUUGUUUACCGAAUCUUGCAACCUUUAAUGUUAGGAUUCAGUUCUUGGUUACUAAUGGACGAGCGUGGCAAGCUAAUAGUUUGAUGGGCAUAAUGCACCAUCUUGGAAUAAGACCGGAUGAGGUUACAUAUAAUUUGGUGAUUAAAGGCUUUUGCCUGGCUGGUUAUCUUGAAAUGGCCCAAAGGGUUUACUCUGCUUUCUGUGGAAGGGGUUAUAAGCCCAAUCUUAAAAUUUACCAGACUAUGAUUCAUUAUUUCUGUAAGGGAGGAGAGUUUGGUUUUGCAUACACAAUGUGUAAAGAUAGUAUGAAAAGGAAUUGGUUUCCAAAUGUAGGAUCAAUCUUGUUAAAAACUAACUGAAGACUUCUCUUAAGGAAAGGAAGGAGGGCCGGCAUGGGGGAAAGGCUAAGGCAAUCAUGAUGUUGGCUCGAAAAAGAGUACCCCCUUUUUAUGAUGAUCAACUGGAUGCUUUGCAAUCCAUGUUGUCCAGGAGAUGAACAGACGUGGACUCACAAAAGGGGAUGAGUUUAUUAAUGUAACAGCACUACUUAACAAGAGCCUGUUUCCUUCUUUAUUUAUUUGCAGAUUUGAGGAACCAAUUGUCUAUGGUUGGGAAACAUCAGGCUUUGGCGGUGAAAGACGAGAUGGUCAAUGCAAUGAAAAUGAUUCCAUAUUUACAAAGAAGCAAUCAAGUACGGAAUUGGUGGCUCUCUCUAUCGAACUUUACUUCAAUCUUGGGAGAUGGUUUGGCCUUAGUCCGUCCAAAAUUAUUUAAAACAAGAUGGAUGUGAAAUGGAUGGUGGUCCUCAUGCUUGUGUUAUGUUUCAAAGCUUAAAUGGACAAGUGAGCAGGUUUGAUUGGCGCUUGGAAUAUUGGGUGAAGGAAUUGGUGAAGAGCAUGCAAACCUUUUCCACUGUAAUUGGUUCGCCAUGAUCCUGUCACUGUAAGAUUGAAGAAAUUAUCAUUCACCCCUGUUCAGUGCUGCCCUGCAUGUGGAUUGGCCUUGAGGCUUAUGCAGCGUACUGGCAUUUCUUUGGAUUGCUGCUGCUGCUAUUUAUGUUAACUUUGGAGAAGCUGAACAAGAGGGAGGAAAGCAAUUUUAUUUCAGCCAAGUCAUUGUCCUUGGGCGGAAGAGGCAUAACGGGCAUAUCGGCAUUGCAUCCAACGGCAAUGGGAAAAAUUAUGAGAUCCUCUUUGAAUUUAGAAUGAAAAAUUGUUGUACUAUGAGUACAAAGAAAUAUGCAAGCUAACGACUUGCAAAUUAAAAAAUUAAAUUUUAUUUUUAUUUAAAUAAGCAUGGUUGUUUUUUUUUUUUUUUUUCAUUGAUUUUAUUUUAUUACUUAUUUUAUUAUCUAUUUUAUUUUCUUUCGCAUUUUUUGUAACCAAAUAUGAAAAAUGUAAACUUCACAUUUUUCUUUCUUUUCAUAGUUUGAAUGUCAUGUAAAAUGCGCCAUUCUU